AUGAGAAACCAUCACCUUCCGGACGAGCUCCUUUCCGAGAUUCUUACCCCCGCACUUAAAGUGUCCGACGCGGCCUUCGCCGACGUUGGCACUCACUCGCCGUUUGCGAUCUACGCCGAAUCGAGUUCAGCGUACCUCCUUGUGUCUAAAUCGUGGCUGCGGGUCGCAACUCCAUUGCUGUACCAUGUGGUCGUCAUUCGGUCGAAGGCUCAAGCCGCUGCUCUUGGACGCACCCUUACCCAGAACCCGGAUCUUGGUCGCUUCAUAAAGAAAUUGCGAGUCGAGGGUGGAUAUGGGCAGCCUAUCUAUAACAUCCUCAGCCGAACGCCAAACGUGGCCGACCUCUAUCUUAACCUCGACCUCUAUGCUUAUGACAGCACGGUUGGGUUUUGUAAAGGUCUUCCGCUCAUCAAUCCUGCACGACUUAUCGUCAACGACCAAAACGAACGCGCCCCCUCAAGUAAGCUGGUGGUCAAGUUGUUUGAAGUGCUCGCCCAGGCUAUCCGCGAGAAUUGGGAUAACCUGGUCACCUUCGAAUGCAACUACGACUAUCAUGGUAACGAAUGGGCCCCUCGCGCCGUCAUCUUUUUCGAUGCCUUGGCAGCGGCUAAACGGCUACGAAAGCUGCUUGUGGAAUCUGAAUAUGGCAUCGACAGUGCAUACGACCACCUCGAGGGUUGUCCUCUUCAGAUAAUCGAAAUCCGUUCGGCUUACUCCCAACCCGUUGUCAAGCGCGCGGCAGUGAAUGCCAUCCUGCGGUACGAAUUGCAAGACGGCUAUGCACACAAUAUCGCAAACAAUGUCCCUGGGCCCGCGGACGCUCUAGUAAAUAAUCCCACAGGAGCCAGAGCAAAAUAUCCGCUGGAAGGAGUACCACAACUGGUGCAGGAGCUCAUCUGGUCACGCGUAUCAAUCUUCUUAUUCCACAAUGCUCCGCACAAACACAAACUUCCGUUUCUCGGUGUCUCCAGAACAUUCUACAAAGCGGCUUUGGCCAAUUGCUACGCUGAUUGCACAUUAACACAUUCCGAAGCGCUAAUCGUGAACGAGCUCCUCAACAACCAUCCCGAGAUUGUCUCCAAAUUCCAUCGCUUGAAUUUCCGCAAGAUGGAUGGUGAGCCACCUACCUGGUUUGACAUUUGUGUAUCUCUCCUCUCGAAAAUUGGCCCAUGCCUACGGAAGCUCAGUCUCACGACGACAUAUAGUUUCAUCCCCGACACCGUACCCCUGCAAUCUCCAACAUUAUUAUUGGAUCUUGUGAACCUGCGGGUGCUAGAAUGUGGCUUCAGAAUCAGGUUUUCUCGUCAUGAAACGUGGAGGAUUUUCGAGAAUGCACUUCCCAAGCUCGAGCACUUGACCUUAUACGGCGCCGACGAGUCGCUCGUCUCUGCGCUGUCCUAUGCGAAGCUCCCUGCACUGCUUUACGUCAGGCUCUUUGAGUCGCGGUUUAACGGUGCCCCGCACUGCGAGCCAUUUCUCCAGGCUCAUGGCAGCAAGCUCCUCGAGCUCGAAGUUGCCUUGGGAAUAGUUGCUGAUACGGAGCAUGUCCCACUCCAGUCACGACUGUCAAGAGGUCUGCUGGAUUAUUGUCCUCACGCACUACAUAUCCGCUUUUUCGACGCUAUACAACCACCUCCUCCCCAAGUGUUCGAUUGCGUUUCAAGCGCUGUCGAAAAGAUUUCCUUACAAUGGAAUCAUAGUUUAAAUGCCGACGACAUUCUGAGGCUCAAAUCUCAAACUAAUCCAUGGGCGACUUUCUUUGCGACAACGCCGCGAUCGCUUGGCUCACUACCACGGUUGCGCGAAAUUCAUUUGGAGGGUUUGGACUGGCCCACGAACGAGCGCGGCAUCGCUCAAAACUUCUGGGUUGGUGCUGCGGAGGGUUUGCUAAAGCGCUGUGUUAAUGCAGGACGGCCAGAGAUCAAGACAACGGAUGGCUCAGAUAUCGCAUGGCGGCCGAGGCUCAAAGUUGGCCGUGCCAAAAGUUAA